AAAGCCAAGAGUGGAGUGACACCAAUAAUUAGGAGGCGUACAGAUGGCAAGGUAUACCGAAAUCGUGGUGAUCGUGCUGUCUCUUCUCCCACUCUCCCCAAUCGAACAUUUCAAGACCUCAGGUAGAUUAAGCCAAGCACUCAAACACCUCCCAACUUUCAAUAAAUCCGGAAUUAUUAGACAGAAAUUGUUUAGUAAUGGCUGCGAAGAUAGCCAGAUAUCAUACUCUUCCUGCUUCUUGGUGGGUCAGUGAGAAGAUAUAUGAGCUUGAGAAGCGUGCUAUCUUUAGUAAGUCAUGGAUCCUCACAAUGCAUAGCUCCCGUUUCACCAAGACUGGAGAUUACUUUCGAAUCGAUAUUGCCGGAUUCCCUAUCAUUCUGAUUCAUGGAAAAGACGGGACGAUCCAAGCCUUUCAUAAUGUUUGUCGGCACAGGGCAUAUCCAAUCGUCAAUAAAGAGUUUGGCAACUCUUUGGUUCUAGGUUGUAAAUACCAUGGCUGGUCCUACGACACGAAAGGUAGCUUGAUCAAGGCACCGGGCUUCGAAACCGUACCCAACUUCGAUAAAUCCGUCAACGGACUCUUCAAAGUUGCCACUCAUACCACACGCCAGGGCCUCAUCUUCGUGAAUUUCGACUCUACUCCUAACAUCACACCAUUCCACGAGUUCUACAAAGGGUUGGAAGAUGAGAUGGACGAGUUUGAUUUUGGAGAAUUUGAGUAUGUUGAGAGUUGGCAACAGGAUGGGGAGUUUAAUUGGAAGACAUUGUUGGAUGGAUAUAAUGAGUGUUACCACUGCCCAACAGCGCACCCAAGUUUCUCCAAAGUCAUUCAAGUCCCAACCUAUCAAGUGGAACCGAGGCACAACUAUGCUCGUCACUCGGCUGAAGUCGUUGUCCCCGAUUCGAACGCAAAGUCAACAAUGGUAGAGUCCAAACCCGCAGGAUCGUCUUGGAGCUCAUGGCUGGGAUUCCCAUCCUCUGCUUCAAUUGAUCAGAGCUCCAUAAAGAUUGAUGAGCUUGGAGGUGAUAAGCCCGGUCUCUGGCUCUCAUUGUUCCCACUCAACGGAAUGAACUGCUACUCUUACGCAUGGUACUAUAUGAGACUUGUACCCAAGUCUGCUGGAAGAACAGUGCUUGAGUAUGACAUCUUCGCUAGAAAAGGGGAGGACCCGGUGAAAGUUCGAGAAUUCAUCAGGUUCCUGAAGGAGGUCGAGAUUGAAGACUACGAUCUCUGCACACUAACGCAGAAGAAUUUGAAAAAUGGUGUUUAUGGGACGGGACAGCUGCAUCCAGAUAAAGAGAAUGGGGUUUUGUAUUACCAGAAUCUGACCAAUGAGUUUGUGAUGAGUCAUUUAGAGCUUGAGAAGGCUGCGGGAGAGCAGAUCCUUCCUGCUUUUGCGGGGUUAGAGGCUAUGAACGAGGAGGGGAAGGGGACUGAUAAAAUUUGCAAACAGCUUGAAUGUGGGAUUCAUGGAAGUGAUAUUCUUUCUUGGUGACCCAAUUUCAUGAAACUCCUCUUGA